AGCGAACGCGUGGCCGGACGCUGAUUGGUGGAGACGUUUCUUGUUUCUCCUGGGCGGGCUUACUUAGUUGUUCGUUUGGUUCUCGUGCGCGUUGGCCGCCAUUACUUGCUGCUCAGCGUGUGGAAAGUGCGGGAGAGCGAGUUUAAUACAGGAAACAUGCUACCCUUCAGCCAGAAUAUUAUGCCUCUAUCUUAUGGUCUCACUACAGUGGCAUAUUCGGUGACAUUUCCAGAUUUUCCAUCCUACUAUGAAGACUUGACGAACAUACCUGCACCACAAACAUGCUUUAAUAGCUAUGCAGAUAAAUCCUGUAGAAAAUGCAAGCUUGAGAAGAUUAAUGCUUUGAAAAGGUACUGGCAGUCAAUGCUCUGGCAGGUGUGUGAAGUGGUGAAAAAAUAUGAUUCAGUUGAAAUUGAUGGAAAGGAAGUCUUAGGCUGGUAUAUAUUACUUUCCACAGAAGACCGAGAAAUCAUCAAAGAGUACGGGAACUUAAAUGGAUUUCUUAAGAGUAAUCCAUCCCUGCUAAUUGUAAACAACCGGUUAAAACUAAAAGGUGAGCCUGAUUUAACUCAGUUUGCCAGGUCUGGUGAAGACAGUUGCUGUUCCCUAGAGGACAAUCCAAUAAACACAGAUCAUAAAUACAACGCGGAUUACUCUGAGGUUGGCAAUUCCAUCAUGGAUCACUCAGAAAGCACAGACUACACCGUGGUGUGCUCUGAAGAGAUGUAUACCCAUGAAGCUACAAAUACACACUCUAGAGAGCUUGUGCGGGAAGUGGUUAAUUGCAAGGAAAAUGUUUGGUUUGAUCAACCCAGUUUCAAACUGCAGGAAGCAAGUAGUGAAAUUUCCAAGUAUAAAUAUACAGCAUGUGCUUCCAUGGUUUUAGAGCACAAGGCCGUGCCCAAUGGACCUGAAUUUCCUAAAGAAAAAAUGCGCGAGAAUGAUUCUUCAUCUACUAAUCUUGGCACAGGAAAUUAUAGUGACAAUGAGACUGUAAACCUCUCACAUGUUGAGCCACAUUGCAGUUCAGCAAAACCAAUCGAUGGUUCCAAUCAAGUUACCUUUGCAGAUCAUUUUUCAAGUAGUUAUGUACAACCUGACAAAAUAUCCCACAAAUGGGAGAAAACCAUUACUGAAACAUGGAACUUUUCUGAUCACACUGAGUUUACAAAGGAAGGCAUUGUUUCUGGAAGUAAGAGGUGUUCAGACUUUCAAGAUCCUAGUCAAGCACUGCUGGAGAAAGAGGGCCAAAACGUUUGUCAGCAGCAGGAACCCUUACUGGACAAAUCUGAAAAACUCCUAGAUCAAGAAUGUUCAGCUAGUGAUAUAUGUGAUGAAACAUUCUUGUCUAUUAAAAGUGGCAGCUACAGUAGAUCUAGUUCACCCUUUUCGAUUGAUUACCAUAGUGAUACCGAAUCUUAUCUUUUUGAAGAAGCUCUUGAAGAUCUUUCCAGCAAUUACUUGUGCAACCAAAAAAAUGAUUUUUCUGUUGCAUCUCCAGAUGUGCAGUCCAGCAGUUUGCCAAGAGCAGUGAGUGUUGACAUGAAUAACCGUCCUGAGAUGACAGCCAAGCAGCACAGAAAUGUGUCCUGUAACACCGAUUUUUCCUGGCUAAUCAAUUGUCACAGUGAUAAAGCAACUCAGACCAAAGGAACAGAUUGUCGGGAAAUGGAUGUAAAUACAGAUAUAACUUUUCCUGGAAUUUUUGCUCAGGGUCCAGUAAAUGUCGGAUCUGGUGGCUGCCAAGACUUGAAAGACAACAGGGGAAAUGAAUCCCUUGAAGAACUAAAGCAGAGAGUAGUAAGGGCCGAACUGGAGCUUUUGGAUGUGCAGCGCUGGAUGUGUUGGCAGUUGUGCUGGAAAACUCAGCAGCAGAGCAUGGAGCAGCAUUCCUUCGCCACCUUACAUGUUGAAUCAGCAGAACAUUCCCUAUCUAUGGCUGGCUUUAACCUGUUAUCUGCUCUUACUGAAGUAGAAGAGAAGUACCUGGAAAUAAAGUCACAGGUUCAAUCUGGCGUGCCCCUUGAAUACUUGGUUCCUUUGAGUAUGCAACUCACUAAAGUGAAAACGCCGCCUUAUAACCUUCUGAAUCAGUGCUUUAUGGAAACUUGCAAGCUCGGAAUACAAAAAGGGUCUGCCGGUCAUUCCGAGGAUUUACAGAAAAACAAACCUGUAGGAAAUAAUCGUGCAAGCACUUGUCUUAGUACAGCUAAGGAUCUGGAUAAAGAAAUCAGAGAAGACUUUCCGCCUAAGUUUUCACCGGAGCCAAAUAAGAAUUAUGUCCAUGUGGGAAACUUAGCCCUUUUAGUGACAGAGGUAGAGUUGAAGACUGCUUUUGAAAAAUUCAACGUUUCUGAUAUUUUUCUUGUGGAAUCAUCUGUGACUUCCAGUUAUGCUGUCCUAGUCUUCACCUGCUCAGAAAAAGCUCAAGCAGCUGCGAAGGAAAUGGAUGGAAAGAUGUUUUUUGGGAAAAAAAUUAAAGUUCGUGUUGUGAAGAAUUCUACUGAGAAUUUUCAGUUUGCUUCCCAAGAGAUUAAAGUAUGUUCUGCUACUUUACCUAAAGAUACAACAAAGCUUGGCACUGGUGAACCUCAAAGUUUUGGUGUACAACCAGAAGACGUGAGCACUUUCUCUAAACCUAUCCCACACAGUGAAAGUCAAAUAAGCUCCAAAUGGAAGAAUAGGAAUGUUUUUUCAAACAUUCCAUACAACAGAGCAUCCUCUUUGGGCGUAAACCAAUCAUUUCCAUCUGCUUCAAUGUACAGUACUUCUUCUGUCUUUGGUUGCAUACCUCCAUCUCAGUGGGCCAGCAGGCAUUUACAUUUUGAAAACGGAGUGCCCUACAACUGCAGACCAAGUCCAGCAUAUGCUCAGUAUCCUUACCCUUUGUAUGCAAUUCCUAUUGCCUCACCGUUCUCUUACCAAGCUCCUGUGAACACUCCUAUGUUUAAGCCAAGUGUGAACUUGAAUUCUAAUGUCCAGUUUCUUUUUGGUAAGAAUGUAGGCAUUGGAGUUCAACCACAACCAACUGAAAAAGAUCCAGUUCACAGCAAUACAGUGCCUGUAAGUUCCAGCACAAGAAUGUCAAAUAAAAAUACCAGUACGGUUACUCCCCCAACCAGGAAAACGGAUAUUCAACCUGCUUCUGUUAUAACCAAAUCCAGUGAAAACAAUGGUGCUAACUCAGAAUCUGCAAGAACCAAAGUAGCUUGUGUAGCAUCAUCUAUUUCGCAGAUAACCACAACUGCUCUUAAAAUGCCAGUGGUAUCUGAUAAUUGGCUGCCUUUUGAAAACAAGACAACAGAUAAUUCGGGAAAAACCUGCUUUACACCUGCAGCUCCUUUGAGAUUUCCAAAGUUUGUCCCAGACAGUGUGACCAUACCAGAAAACCAUGAAACUUGCUAUAGCACAAUAGCUACCAAUACUAAAGAUCCUUUGACCCAGCCUUCAAACACUGAUUUUCAGCAAAGUGGAUCCCUUCAUUUGGAAGAAGUGGAAUGGGGUGUGUAUCCACAACUUCAAGAGUCGUCUGAGCUCCCAGUCUUCAUCCCCAACCGGUUGAAUCUGAGGCAGUUUGAAAAAGUUACUAAGUACCUGUUGGAGCAUCAUACAGAUGUUACCAGAGAUGAUAUUGCUAAUGCUUUGGAGGAAAUUAGAAUUGGCAGAGAAGGCUCCCUUGGGGGCCUGACCUUUCCACAGAUUGUGAGACAAGCAUCCUCUAAACUGGCAGCAAAGAAUAUUCCAUGAGCAUGAACCUGCGAUGUAUGUAUGGUCACCAUAACUUGGAUGUUUUAUAUAUUAUCCUACUUUAAGUCAAAAACAGUACUACAAAACUGGGACACUAAAUUCACCUGUCUUUAAAAAUAUUUGUGAAUCUUAAAUAAAUUUACCACUUGGAGGAAUGGUGAAAGCAAAGAUCACCUAACUGAAAUACGUGGCAGUCAUCUGCUUUAUAACUGUCGCAAAUGAAAUGCUGGAGUCCUUUGAGCAUAAUGUUUGUUUCUUUGUUUGCUUUAGGAACACUCCAGCCUCAGAGAAAUCUUAAAAGCACUAGGAACUAACUACAAAGUGCUAUAAGUUUUUUGCUCUGAAAUCCUCAGUAGCCCAGCACAUGGUGGCCCAAUCACCUGUGUUAUCAUUGUAGUUGACUGAAGUCAAGUUCAGUUACAAUGUUUAGGGGGAAAAUGUUUAAAAUAUGUUACAAACUGUUAAUGACACCACGUGCAAGUCAUUUGGGUUUCCUAAUUUGCAUUUAUCAACACGUUUUUCAUAUGUUGAAGUGGUUGUAAAGGCAGUUUUUUUUUAACUCACUGCAUUCUUUGGUGGGGUAAGUAUAACAUGUUCAUUAUU